AUGGGCAGCUGUUGGGGAGUGCCCGAUGAUCGGACUAGUCUUCUACCAAUAUCUUCUACUCGUUAUACAUCAGCCCCAGUGGCUUCCUCAAGUUCAUAUUCUGUACCACCUGAUACAUCUAUCCCUAAAUCGUCAGUUCCAGUAAAUCGAUCAUCUGGUAAUUCAUCUACACCAACAGAUAUUAAUCUAAUUAAAGAAGCGCAGAAUCGAAACCUUUUCGAGCAUUUAUUAUUAAUUAAAUAUAAUGAAAAACUUAUCAAGCAAACUGAUUGUGCUAUUUGUCUAAUUGAUUUCUUGCCUAAUGAACAAGUUCGACAAUUACCAUGUGAUGGUGCACAUGUAUUUCAUCCAACAUGUAUAGAUGGAUGGUUAAUAAAAAGUUUAACAUGCCCACAAUGUUCAACAAAUGUUGAUGCUGCACUCCUACUCAAAUUUGUACCACAUUCGAAAAAUGAUGACGAUGAUGAUUGA